GUGACGGUGACGUCCACUGCGCUCCCGCUAACUGACACACACGCACCUUCCUUCUCGACAAUUCUAUCCGCGUCUUCAUAUUCUCUCUCUCUCAUCCUUUCUCUUCGCGCUCCGUAGGAUAUCCAUACAUAGAUGUCUCUGUUAGGCAACUGGCUGUGGGGCACGUCCCAGUUGGACGAAGCUAUCGACAAAGCAACCUCCGAGUUACUCCCGGCUGGUUCAUCCGAUAUCGCGCUGGAACUCGAGAUUUGCGACCAGAUUCGGUCGAAAUCAGUGCCCGCCAAGGACGCAGUGAGGGCACUGAAGCGGAGACUGGGGCACAAGAAUCCGAAUGUGCAGAAUCUGGCAUUGGAGCUCACAGACGUCUGUGUUAAGAAUGCUGGAGAUGCCUUCCUGACAGAAAUCGCUUCGCGUGAAUUCAUGGACAAUUUGGUGUCAAUACUCAAGAUGCCAGCGUUGAAUUCCGAAGUGAAGGCGAAUAUCUUGAGGGUUGUGCAGAACUGGAGCACUGCGUUUGAGAGCAAGGGGAAGGGAGAGCUGAAGUAUGUCGGGGCGGUAUAUAAGACGUUGGUUCACGAAGGGUUCAAAUUCCCACCUCUCGACCUAACCGAAUCCAACUCUGCCAUGCUGGAUACGCAGACAGCGCCGGAAUGGAUUGACUCGGAGGUCUGUUUGCGCUGUCGUACCGCAUUCACGUUCACCAAUCGGAAACAUCAUUGUCGCAAUUGUGGAGGGGUUUUCGAUCAGGCUUGUUCCAGCCGAACAGCAGCUUUGCCCAGGUUCGGUAUCACGCAGGAGGUCAGGGUAUGCGACAGUUGCUGGCCCACUUUAAAGGGAGCAAACGACGUCAAAGACCAGCGAGAAACUCGGCACCGGUCAAGAGGACACCGUCAUUCGCAGAGCUUGCACUCAGCGCGUAGUCGGGCGCAGGAUGAUGCGGAUCUGCAACGAGCAAUAUCCCUUUCUUUGCAGGAAGUCGGGCAAGAUCGUCACGGGUACACACCCUACCAGCCUGCGGGGCAAAACUACCAAUACUUCUCCGAACCGCCGAUUGUGGAUCGCGCAUCUCGACUCACAGAGGACGAAGAGGAUCCCGAUCUGAAAGCAGCCAUCGAAGCUAGUCUGCGGGAGUCGAAUGCCCCAAGGGCGAGCGCGCCUGUUGUAAUUACCGAGACACCGAGGACAGAGUAUCCUUCUUAUGCUAAAGGAUUUUCGCAAUCGUACCCGCCGACUCCUCAGCCACAACCUCCGCAAAACCAGCGGCCCUACGAGUUGGAACCGCUGGAAAGUGACGCGAUCAUGACGUUUAGCCAGACAGUCGAGCAAGUCCAAGGCCGAGAUAUGACGCGGUAUCCGGCAGUGAGCGAGUUGUAUGAUCGGGCAAACAGCUUGCGCCCCAAGCUGGUGAGGAGCAUGGACGAUGCGGGCAAGAAAGAGCAGGUCCUCUCGGAGAUGCAUGAUAAACUGUCGCAGGCGGUCAAACUGUACGACAAACUUCUGACGGAGCAGGUGGUCUACCAGCCGAGAUGGCAAACGUAUCAACCACCGGCGCAGACAAGCCCGGGAUAUGGGACCCAAUGGCACCCAGCGCAGUCGCCUGCUCCUCAGCAGCCCCAGCAAUAUGCUCCCCCGCAACAGUACUACACUUCACCAAGUUGGCAAGCCCAGGCGUAUUCGCCAGCACCAGCAGCGUCAUCUUCCGCUCAGUAUGCGUCGGUACCUUCCACCCCUGUUUCUGUGCAGUAUCAGCCGCAACCACAGUCGCCCCCUCCGGCCUCAUAUCAGCCCCAAUACCAGUCACCAGCUCCGCCUUCCGUGCAAUACCAGCCUGCGCCGGUUGCCCAGUCUCCUGCUCCGCCUGUUUCUGCUCAGUACCAGCCGUCGGCCCCUCCCGGAGCUCAGUAUGCGCCGCCACCUGCACAGUCACCUCCUGUCGCACAGCCGCAGUAUCAGACACCUAACGACUACUCGACACGACUUCAGCCUCAGCAGCAUCAACAGCCGAUGCCCCAGCAGCAAACGAUGCCCGUCUUUCCCAUCGUACCGACAUCUGCUCCACAGGCAUUUCCAAUGUACGGUGCUGCCAGCAUGGUGCCGACGAGUCCGCCAGUCCAUCAGGAGAGAGAGGUUGCUCUGAUUGAUCUGUAGUCUUGUAUGUUGUACCUACUUAUCGUAUGCUAUGCUCUGUAUGAAUGGGUCGUUGUGGGCAAUCAAAACGACCGAUCACAUCGACGCAUAGACCACCAGCCUGUUGAUUGAGUAAGGUUUCGAGAAAGAUGAUACCGGAAUCCGUG